AUGCAUAAAGCUGUCUAUAUACUAUAUGCUCUUUCUAUUUUUGAGCUUGUAAUAAACUUCACAGGCGCGUUUUCAAGUAACUCUCAUAAUAGUAAAAUUCCAAGAAAAAAUGUUAAAGUUUCCAAUCAAAGGCUAUUAAAUGAAAAUACUAAUGGUGAUGAAGAAGGCAAAAAUAAAUAUAAAAAUGGCAAUCUCAUCGAUGAUUUGUCAAGUAAAUAUGAGAGCUUUGAAAAUAUAAUAAAAAAUACACAAUUUGGUGAAAAUGCUACUAAAUUAAAAAAUACCCUUUCUAAAAAUAUGCGUCCCCAAUUGGAGCAAUUAGGUACAUAUACAAAGGAUACUAUUGAUAAUAACUUAUUGUUAUGGAAUGAAGGAUUCAAAAAGAAAUUUGCCAAUCCUGAAAAUGGAAACGAGGAAUCUAAAUCAAGCGAUCAAAAUGAAGGUGAAGCAUCUGAUACACCAGGAGACGGAAUUUUUGGAAAAGUUUUCGAAGAUAUAUCAAAAUAUCAUUCGCAAAUAAAUAAGCAGUACAAUGACAAAAAAGAUGAAUUAACAAAAAAGGCUAAAGACUUUGGAAAAGAUAUACAACCAGCAAUAGAUGAAAAGGUUAAAACUUAUAAAGGAAUGGUGGAAUCUAACGUGAAACAUCGAUUUGACGAAUUAGCAAAAAAAGCUAUGGAUAUUGGAAAAGAUAUACAACCAGCAGUAGAUGAAAAGGUUAAAACUUAUAAAGGAAUGGUGGAAUCUAACGUGAAACAUCGAUUUGACGAAUUAGCAAAAAAAGCUAUGGAUAUUGGAAAAGAUAUACAACCAGCAGUAGAUGAAAAGGUUAAAACUUAUAAAGGAAUGGUGGAAUCUAACGUGAAACAUCGAUUUGACGAAUUAGCAAAAAAAGCUAUGGAUAUUGGAAAACAAAUGUAA